UGGCUGUAUUUUCUUCUAUUCCAAAUUUAGUCUGCAACAGAAGUGUCAUAAAUUGAAAUCUCCUCAUUGGUUAGAAUAAAGUGCUUCAAUCUAGAUUUUAACCGCUCAAUUACUGGGCAUGUUUUAGAGUUGUUCAGCUGAUUGGUUACUGUGUGCGGUGUGAGAAAUAGAAAGUGAACAUUAUUUUAAAAAUAUAUUUAGAAAAUAUAAUUUCUGGUGUAUAUUGUAGUUUUUGGGGAAAGGGUUUGGAUCUUUUACUUUAUUUGAAUUAGAAAAAUGGCGGAUACGAAAUACAGUUACUUACCAAAACAGUCAUCCGCCGACCACGAUGAAUCUUCUGAAAGCAAAGUGAAUAAUGUUUCAUCUUCUCCAACGAACGAUAUUGCAAAGGCCGUGCAUGAAACAGUUGAAUCAGCAAGACAUACGCUACGUUACAAUAUUUAUGGUAUUGCUGGAGGUUUUAUUUCAUUAUUUUAUGGGGCCUACUUAAUCGGACAUUCUGGGAUUGGGGCAACUUCCAUGCUAUGCAUCGGUUUUGGAGUUGCUGUAUCGGUUUGGAUGAUGAGAAACAAUUAUUUAACAGAACGAGAUAUUCGUCUUUCUGCUGAUAGAUCAGUUGCAUUGAACGAAAAAGGAUGUAUAUUAGCCCAGUUAACAGAUUUACCGUCAUGGGUCUUUUUCCCAGAAACAGAAAGAGCAGAAUGGUUAAACAAAAUAUUGAGGCAACUUUGGCCAUAUGUUGGAAUUUAUGUGAAGGAGAUGUUAAAAGAGACUAUGGAGCCAAGCAUCAGAGGAAGCUUGCCAUCAUACCUACAAAGUUUUCGUUUUGAGAAAAUUAUACUUGGUGAUAUGCCACCCAGAAUUGGUGGAGUUAAAGUUUAUCAAGAAAAUGUUUCUCGAAAUGAGAUUAUCAUGGAUUUAGAGAUUCGAUAUUCUGGAGAUUGUAACAUUCAAGUUGGAGUAAAAAAAAUUAAGGCAGGCAUUAAAGACCUCCAGAUAUAUGGCACGGUGCGAUUAGUGAUGAAACCAUUAGUCAAAAUUAUUCCUCUGGUUGGAGGUGUUACUGUAUGUUUCUUGAAUCGACCAAGAAUUGAUUUCAACUUGACAAAUGUUGCUAAUGUUUUCGAUAUGCCUGGACUUGGUGACAUUUUAAGAAAAGCAGUUAAUGAGCAAGUUUCUGCUAUGAUGGUAUUGCCCAACAAAUUUCCAGUUCAGCUAAUUCAAGAUAUACCGUUGAAGUCUUUGAAGUUUUCUCCUCCUGCUGGUGUCCUCCGACUUCACAUUGUAGAGGGACGUGAUUUAGUUAAAGCUGAUGUUGGUGUUCUGGGAAUGGGCAAAUCAGAUCCAUAUUGUAUAAUAUCAGUUGGAAUUCAAGAAUUCAGGACUCCUGUUAUAAAAAACACUAUAUUUCCCAAAUGGAAUUUCAUCUGUGAGCCAAUAAUUGAUCAGUUUGUUGGACAAAAUAUUGAUAUUGAGGUCAUGGAUGAAGAUCAAAGUAGUAAAGAUGAUUUUCUUGGAAGAGUGUCAGUUGAUAUUUUCAAAUUGGUAAAGAAGAAGAAUGUUAAUGCUUGGCUUCAACUUGAAGAUACAAAAUCAGGUUCUGUACAUAUUCAGUCAACUUGGUUAACAUUAAGUGAAAAUCCUGAAGACUUGAGUCAACAAUUGCAGGAAAUUCGUAAUUUUAAUUCAAGAAAUACUAUGUAUUCUGCAGUUUUACUUGUCUUUUUGGAUAGUGCUAAGCAUUUACCGAAUGUUAACCGUGGAGCUGAAGAACCAAGUGCUCAAGUUCAUUUCACUGUGACUGGUUUCAAAGAGUCUAGUGCCAUCCGUCCUCAUUCUAAUGAUCCUAUUUGGGAGGAAGCAUUUCGAUUUCUUCUCCAUAACCCCGAAAUUCAAGAUCUCACUGUUGAAGUUACAGAUACAAAGUCCAACAAGCCGAUCGGUAUGACAAGGAUACAUCUAUGCCGACUCUUAAGAGAAAAGGGCAUGCAAAUAGAAGAGCCAUUCCAACUACUUGGAGCCGGCCCAAAUUCAAAAAUUUUAAUGACUUUGCAACUCAGGAUUUUAGUACCAACUUCUGGUAAGAUAGAUUAUACAAAGAAAGAUAAAUCAGAAAAAGAAAAUUCACCUGAGGAAAAGGAAAGUAAAAUUGAUGAAGGUUCUGAAAAUAUGCCAGAUGUUUCUCUAAGUGCUCGCCCUUUAAGUCCAACUACCCCAACUAUUCAGGAUAUGAUUCAAACUUCCAUGGUUGCUGCUGCUGACAGUGCAGAAUUCAGAAGUGAAAAAAGAGAUACUUCACCACCAGCUUCUUCACCUGUGAAAACUUCUCCUCCUGAUUCACCAUCAUUAAAAUCAUCUCCAAUUAAAACACCCUCACCUGUAAGGAAGAAAACGUCUUCACCACCAAGCAUUAGUGGGGAUAGCAUUAAAAGUAACAGAAGUGCUCGGAGUAAUUCAGGGAUUACAAAGAUUCAGCUGACAAUAAGAUACAGCAUUCCAAGAAAUAAACUUGUUGUGGUUGUUCAUAAGGCAAAGAAUUUACCUCACAAGGAAGGAGAAGAUAAACCUGAUCCAUAUGUUAAGAUCUACAUGACUCCAGAUCGCAAUAAAGAAACGAAACAGAAAACUCAAGUCGCAAAAAAUACAUGCAAUCCUAUAUUUGAUGAAUCUCUUGAAUUUGAUGUCAAUAUGUCUGAAGUUUCAAACUAUGCUCUUGAAGUGACAGUAAUUUCAAAAAGUGGCUCCAUGAUGUUCCCAAGAGGUAAAAUUCUUGGUAAAGCAGUUAUUGAGCUGUCACAACUGGAUCUUAGCAAAGCUGCAACAGAAUGGUAAUUUUUCCCUACCAAUCCUAAAAGUUUACAGUUA